AUGCAUUCUGCACUUAGACCGAAACCUGCUGUUAAAAUACCCCCAUCAUUAAUACCAUCAUCUGUAUCGUAUUUAACAAAACCAUCUAUUAAUCAAAAUGAACAUCAUGAAAAAUCAACGAUUAAUGGCAAACAAUAUAAUUCCAAAGCGGCAUUAAAUGAACAUAAUCAUCAUCAUAAUCAUAAUCAUGAUCAUAUAAAAUCAAAUAAUCUAACAACAGAAAGAUGUACAUGGUCAUUAGGCUUAAUAAAUUCAAAAGGAAAAUAUUUAACAGCUGAAACAUUCGGUUUUAAAAUCAAUGCCACUGGUGUAUGUUUGAAAAAGAAACAAACAUGGACCAUUAUUUUCAAUAGUCAAAAUGAUUGUGUUUAUCUUCAAUCUGCACUUAAUAAUUAUUUAUCAACAGAUAAAUAUGGUCGCUUGAAAUGUGAUGGACAUGACAUGGUUGAUGAUUGCCGUUUUCAACUUGAAUAUAAUCAAAAAGGUCAAUGGGCUUUUAAAUCAUUAACUUAUGGCAUGUAUUUAGGCGGAGAUGUUGAUCAACUUCAUUGUUUUAGUAAAGUACCUGAAUGGUGGUCACCACAUUUAGCUCUCCAUCCACAAAUUAAUUUGAAACAUGUUCUACGUAAACGUUAUGCAAAAAUUAAUGAUGACGAAAUUCAUAUUGAUAAUAUUAUUCCAUGGGGUAGCGAAGCUAUACUUACAGUUGAAUAUUUUGAUGGUCAAUAUUGUAUUCGAUCAUGUAACGGACUUUAUUUUCAUAAAGAUGGAAAACUUAUUGCAAAGAAAACGAACGAUACUUUUUUUACCAUUGAACUUUUUAAAGGAUAUUUAACAUUUAAAGAUUGUGACCAUUGUUAUCUAACUGCUAUUGGUCCAUUGGGUAUCAUGACAACACGAAAUAAAAUAGCUGGACGUGAUGAACAAUUUUUAUUAGAAGAAAGUAAACAACAAAUAUGUUUAAUUGCACCUAAUGGAAAACUUGUUUCAACAAAGCAAGGUGUCGAUCUAUCAGCUAAUCAAUGUGAAAAAGAUAAUAGUAGUACAUUUCAACUUGAAUAUGAUGAUCAUUUUGAACUUUAUCAUAUUCGUACAUAUAAUAAUAAAUAUUGGAAACUUGAAGGCAAUGGUGUACAAGCAACAGCAGAUAAACGAUCAAUAGAAACUGGAUUUUAUAUUCAAGCAACAGAUAAUGGACGUGUUACAUUUCAAGCAUCUAAUGGAAAAUAUAUUAUACCACAUGCUACGGGACAUAUGAGAGCUAUUGGCGAUCAAUCGAAUUCCAUUGAAACUUUGUUUUUACUAAAAUUUGUUAAUCGACCAUUUGGUGUAUUUAAAUGUGAAUUUGGUUAUGUUGCUUAUAGAAAUAAACAAUCACGUACACUUGAAUGUAAUAAAUCAAUAUUUACAUUAUUUACACUUGAGCAGCCAAAUGAUGAUUCAAAUAAUGAUGGCAUUAUUUAUCUUAAAGGCGUCGAUGGAAUGUAUUGGGAAAUAUCAAGUGAUUCAAAUAUUAGUGUUAGCGGACGUGAACCUUCAAAAUUUGCUAUCGAAUUGUGUACAUCAUAUUCAAGAGUUGUUAUAAAAGGACCAAAUGGAAUGUAUUUACGUGCUGAACAAAAUGGAAGUAUACAAGCUUCUUGUCAAAAUAGUCGACAAGCAACCCAAUGGGAAUUUUAA